UCUUCUCUCUUUACAAACUCUUUUCUCUCUCUAUUUCCCUAUAAAUUCAAAAAAAAAAAAAAAAAAGAACUAAAGGGGUGUCAUUAAUAGAAUUUUUGUGUACUGAUUUUGUGAUUACUUUAGCUCAUCCAUUCUAUUUUUUCUUUUCCUUCUCUCAAAUUCCAAAUACCAUAAAGAGAGCUCAUAAAGAGAGAAGGAGCUCUUCAUUAUAAGAAGAAAGAAAGAAAGUAUAAGAAGAAAGAAAGAAAGAUUGAAGAAAGGAGAGAGAAGAAAGCUGUGUUAUAUAUAUUUAUAUAUAUAUAUAUAUAUCUGAAAAUUAAGCCACACCCAACCACGAACACGAACCAACAAUGGAGUUGUGUGCCGGUGCCAUUGUUAAUCCAAUCGCAGAAAAAAUCGCCAACUGCACGGUGGAUCCGGUUUUCCGGCAACUAGAUUAUUUGCUCCACUUUAAAACCAAUGUGAAUGAUCUCAAAGAUCAAGGCAAGAAGCUGGUGGAAACCAGAGAUUUUGUUCAACAUUCUGUCGACUCCGCCAAAACCAAUGGGUACGAGAUCGAAGUUAUGGUCACUGAAUGGUUGGGGAUAGCUGAUCAAUUUAGUGAAGAUGUCGAUAGGUUUUUCAACGAAGCCGACGGCCGAAGUCUUCGAUGGUGGAAUAUGCUAUCACGCCAUCGAUUUAGUAGAAGAGCUACCAAAUUGGCUGUGGCAGUUGAUAAAGCCAUUCAAGGUGGGAGUUUCGAGAGAGUUGGGUUCCGUGUAACUCCACAAGAAAUUAUGACGCUAAGGAACAAUAAGAAGUUCGAAGCCUUUGAAUCUAGGGUUUUGAUUCUGAAGGAGAUAAUUGAAGCGGUUGGCGAUGCUAAUGCGAGGGUGAUUGUGGUACAUGGGAUGGCGGGAGUUGGGAAAACCACCCUAGUUGAAGAAAUUGCAAGAUUGGCCAAGGAGGGGAAGCUUUUUGAUGCUAUAGCAAUGGUGACUGUAAAGCACAUUCCAAACAUUAAGAAAAUACAGGGGGAGAUUGCUGAUCAAUUGGGGUUGAAAUUUGAAGAGGAAAAGGAACGAAUUAGGGCCGAUCGACUACGUCGAAGGUUAGAGAUGGAGAAGAAGGUGUUAGUGGUUUUGGAUGAUGUUUGGAGUAGGCUUGAUUUGGAAGCUGUUGGAAUUUCUAGCCAUCACAAGGGAUGUAAGAUACUUGUAACUUCUAGAAAGGAUGAUUUGUUUUUCAAUGAUUUUGGUACUCAGAAAAAUAUAUAUAUCAAUAUUCUGUCAAAAAAAGAAGCUAGGGAUUUUUUCAACAAGGUGGCAUGUGAUUCUGUUGAAUCUUCUGAUGAUACUGAUCCUGAAAUGGAAGCUGUUGCUACUGAAUUGGCAGAUGAAUGUGGAGGAUUGCCACUUUCUCUUGCAACUGUUGGACAAGCCUUGAAAGGUAAAGGGCUUCCAAGUUGGAAUGAUGCCUUGCAAGGAAUGAAGUUUCCUGGCGAACCCAGUAACUAUGGGGUGAAUAAAGUGGCAUAUUUGUCUCUGAAAGUGAGUUAUAGAUCUCUAAACAGAGAAGAAGCCAGAUCACUAUUCUUACUAUGUAGCUUGUUUCCAGAAGAUUAUCAAAUUAACAUCAAAUACUUGUUGAUGUAUGCCAUGGGUUUGGGGUUAUUAAACGCCAUGAGUUCUCUAGCAAUGGCAAAAUGGAGAAUACUUUCUUUGGUUGAUGAGCUCAAAACUUCUCACUUGUUGCUUGAUGGGGUUGAUAACGAUUUUGUGAAAAUGCACGAUAUAGUUCGAGAUACAGCAAUUUUGAUUGCGUCGAAAAUGAAGUCCAAGUAUUUGGUUAGACAUGGUGCUGGAGAGAGUUUGUGGCCCCCAAUGGAUGAGUUCAAAGAUUACACUGCAAUCUCAUUAGGUUGCAGUGAUCACUCGGAACUCCCAGAAUUUAUAUGUCCACAGCUUAGAUUCUUAUUACUGGUAGGAAAAAGAACAUCUUUGCGAUUACCUGAAAAGUUCUUUGCAGGUAUGCAGGAACUACGAGUUUUAGAUCUCACUGGCUUAUGUAUUCAGCGGCUUCCACCAUCAAUCGACCAACUGGUAAAUCUUCAAACAUUGUGUUUAGAUGACUGUGUUUUGCCAGACAUGUCUGUAGUUGGUGAACUGAAAAAGCUUGAAAUUCUUAGCUUGAGAGCAUCUGAUAUUAUUGCACUUCCUAGAGUAAUUGGGGAACUUACCAAUUUGAAAAUGUUGAAUUUGUCUGAUUGUUCUAAACUCAAGGUGAUCCCUGCUAACCUUUUAUCUAGGUUGAUAGGGUUGUCUGAGCUAUACAUGGACAAUAGUUUUAAACAUUGGAAUGUAGGACAGAUGGAAGGUUAUGUUAAUGCAAGGAUUUCUGAACUAGACAACCUGCCACGGUUGACCACUCUACAUGUCCAUAUUCCAAAUCCCACCAUUCUACCACAUGCCUUUGUCUUUAGAAAAUUGAGUGGUUACAGAAUACUAAUUGGAGAUAGAUGGGAUUGGUCUGGCAAUUAUGAAACUUCAAGGACCUUGAAACUCAAGCUUGAUAGUAGCAUUCAGAGAGAGGAUGCAAUUCAAGCACUUCUAGAGAAUAUUGAAGAUCUGUAUUUAGAUGAAUUAGAAAGUGUCAAGAAUAUUCUAUUCAGUCUAGACUAUAAAGGCUUUCCGAAAUUGAAAGGUUUGCGUGUCAAAAACAAUGGUGAAAUUGUGACUGUUGUCAACUCGGAUAACAUGCAUCAUCCACACAGUGCCUUUCCAUUGUUGGAGUCCUUAUUUCUGAAAAAUCUAGCUGAACUUGGAAGCAUUUGUCGUGGAAAGCUUCCACAAAUGUCCUUCCGUAACUUGAAAAGAGUAAAAGUUGAAAGUUGUGACAGAUUAAAAUUUGUUUUCCCAUCUUCUAUGGUCAGAGGCCUUAUACAUCUUCAAAGCCUGGAGAUUAGUGAAUGUGGCAUCAUAGAAACUAUAGUUUCGAAAAACAAAGAAACAGAAAUGCAAAUCAAUGGUGAUAAGUGGGAUGAGAACAUGAUUGAGUUUCCUGAAUUGCGUUCUCUGAUACUUCAACAUCUACCAGCCCUUAUGGGUUUCUAUUGUCAUGAUUGCAUAACUGUGCCUUCAACCAAAGUGGAUUCACGUCAAACAGUUUUUACUAUUGAACCUAGUUUUCAUCCACUUCUCAGUCAACAGGUUUCCUUCCCCAAAUUGGAGACAUUAAAAUUACACGCUUUGAACUCAGGAAAGAUAUGGCAGGAUCAACUUCCUUCUAGCUUUUAUGGCUUUAAAAAUCUAACUUCUUUGAGUGUGGAGGGUUGUGCUUCAAUAAAAUAUUUAAUGACAAUCACUGUGGCUAGAAGCCUUGUGAAUCUUGAACGCCUUGAACUAAACGACUGUAAGUUGAUGAAAGCUAUAAUCAUUUCAGAAGAUCAAGAUCUGGACAACAAUUACCCUUCCAAAUCUAUCUUGCAGAACAAGGAUGUUUUUGCGAACCUGGAGUCCCUCUUAAUCUCUCGCAUGGAUGCUUUGGAGACAUUAUGGGUCAAUGAAGCUGCUUCAGGAUCCUUUACAAAGCUGAAAAAAGUGGACAUCAGAAACUGCAAAAAACUUGAGACAAUCUUUCCAAAUUACAUGCUUAACAGAGUGACAAAUCUCGAGAGAUUAAACGUUACAGAUUGCAGUUCCCUAGUGGAGAUCUUUCAAGUGAAAGUCCCAGUUAACAAUGGCAACCAAGUAAGAGACAUUGGAGCUAACCAUUUGAAAGAGUUGAAGCUGCUUCGUCUACCUAAACUAAAGCACAUAUGGAGCUCAGAUCCACACAAUUUUUUACGCUAUCCAUCUCUCCAACUUGUUCAUACAAUUCAUUGUCAAAGCCUUUUGAAUCUCUUCCCUGUAUCCAUAGCUAAGGAUCUCAUACAACUUGAAGUGCUUAAAAUACAGUUCUGUGGAGUUGAGGAAAUUGUUGCGAAACGAGGAGACGAUGGAGAUGGAGAUGAUGCUGCGUCGUUUUUGUUGAGUGGUUUGACAUCAUUGACUCUUUGGAAUUUGUUCGAGUUCAAGAGGUUUUAUCCUGGGAAAUAUACUUUGGAUUGUCCAUCAUUGACAGCGCUAGAUGUACGCCAUUGCAAAUCAUUUAAGUUGAUGGAAGGAACUUUGGAAAAUUCGUCAUCAAUCUCAUCCGCUGUUGAAAAGGUAGAAGUUGAGCAAUCUUCACUGAGGGGGGAGUUCGAAAGAAGAGAAUCAAAGGAGACAUCCACAGGGAAAGAAGAAAUAACAACCAUAGUGCAAGGUGUAGUUGAUGCUGAGUUAAUUGAAUUAAGAGCUCAAUUACGAGCUCUUGUGGCAGGUCAAAACCAAAUGAUGGAACGCUUAGCCCAACUUACAACAAUUCCUCGUGAGCCUGUCUCAAAGUGAUUCGUAAGUGUCGUUUGAUAACGUGGGAGAGUAAAGGUGACCAAAAUAAAUAGGAGUGUUAUGAAGUAUAGGGAACUGUAAAGUCAUAAAACUUAUAUUUUUAGAAGUUAAUAAAGUUUAAUGUUGAUACAUUUUUUAAGUCGAAAAAGCCUAUGAAGUUCUUGAACUUAACAAAAAGUACGUGAAUUAACAACUUCACUCCUCCAAUCUCAUCCAGGGGGUCAUGUGUUUCAUAGGCAUCCAAAGUCUCCAUGUAAUGGCCAUUUAAAGUUCGAGGUGAUUUUUUGAGAUUUUCGAACAUCUUAAAAUGAUCUCAGAGAUGAUAUCCAAAGAGUUUUGGAUGUGUUUUUUUGAAUUCUUCCUAUGUUAAAAGAGCAUUUUUUUU